AAUGGCUCCUGUGAUCCAGCUGCCUCAGUAGAGCACAGACUUUUCACUACUAGUAGUAGUACUAGUACUAGCCAAGUCUGCUGGAUUAUACGUACGUCUGCAAACAUGGCGCAGGUCGCUUCCUGUCCUUUCCACUUGGGAGCUGUCUCCUCCUCAGCAUUGCAUGGCUCUGUGUCUCAAAGUCGUGUGGCAAGCUCCUCCCAGUCUGCGUUUGCUGGGUUGUCGCUUAGGGCUCCUGUCGCGGGACGCUCUUGUCGGAAGACCCAGCAGGUGAGUCUAAGGGCGUCGUCCAGAGGGGAAGGUGAGGCGCAAAGAUCGGCAGCGACGAAGAGAAUGCUGACGUCAGCGGCAGCAGCAGUUCUGAGCGUGUCAAUGCUGGCGGGAGGCGUCUCUCCAGCAGAAGCGCGGCCUGCUGGUGUGAACAGGCCCGAGCUCCUGCCGAAGCGGUUUGCACGGGUAAUCGACGUAGCUGGGUUCCUCUCAGAAGGCCAGGAGAAGCGGCUGGAGAAGGACUUGGAGCGGUUAGAGGACGACACGGGGUACAAGCUGCGCGUGCUCGCACAGAACUACCCCGAGACGCCGGGGCUCGCCGUCCGAGACUUCUGGAAGGUCGACGACCGGUCGAUCGUGUUCGUCGCUGACCCCAGCCUCGGAGGUAACAUUCUGAACUUCAACGUCGGCGCGGAGGUGGACCUCAACGUGCCCAAGAGCUUCUGGAGCCGGCUCUCGGGGAAGUACGGCAACAAGUUCUUCUGGCAGGAGAAGGGAGAGGACGCAUCCAUUGAAGCUGCCGUCAUUGCCAUCGACACGUGCUUGCGAGAGCCUCCGGGCCCCCGCGCGUGCGCUAACAUCCAGUAGUCGCAAUUUAAGGGGCUCGUUUGUACUAUAACCGAGUUGUUAAGUCCAAGAAUCGACGCGAAUUGAGAGGGGAUGAGAGUACGUUCCGAGGUGGAUCAUGCUUGCAAUCUUAAAGGUGGCGACGUCUUAGCUAAAGCUUGGGCAGUCAAGGUCAGGUGAACUUGUUCAGGUCAGGUUCUGGUUUAUGGAGACACUGGCAUGUUGCGCUUGCGGGUUGCUCGGUUUUCUGCUUAGCGAGUUCCUGAGCUUAAGCUAUUAGUACGGUCAAAUCUGCUCGGAGACUUGCUCGACACUCUCGUCGAUGAGAGAAAGUUCUCCAUACUUCCGAGUAGCAGCGCUGAUUGCUACACUACAUGGCCGGAGCAGCCUAACGUCGAGGGUGGCAGGCCAGCGUGGGCUUGCACCCAUUGAAGAACCUUGAUGCAUGCUCAGCAUUAGUCACGAUUGUGCAGGAACGCGAGUCAAUUCCCGCAAUGGCAAC